AUGGCGGGAAAUUUCUUUUUCUUCGUGAGCGCUUUGGAAGUCAUGUUUUGGUUGAGUUUUGGCUGAAUAUCUUCGCGGUGAUCAUGCCUUCUCAAGAAGCAAGCAGUGAUUCAAGCGACGUAACUAGCCGGUACAGUCAUUUACUGCAGCCGAUCCGUGAUCUGACAAAGAAUUGGGACGUAGAUGUCGCUGCUCAACUGGAAGAAUACUUGGCUGAGAUCGAAAAGAUCAAAAUAUCUUUUGAUGAAGGGAAGACCACCAUGAAUUUUGCUGAAGCAGCGCUUCUUAUCCAAGGAUCAACUUGUAUCUACAGCAAGAAGGUGGAAUAUUUGUACUCACUGGUCUAUCAAACGUUGGAUCUAAUAGCGAGUAAAAAACGUCUACAACAGGCAUCAACAGAUGAUUCAGUUGAACAAGGGAAGAAGAGUGCCAAGGGGCAUACUAAAGAGUAUCGCUCUUGGGAUGACAUAAAAGUAUCAAAGAAUAUUGAUUUGAAGGAAGAUGAAGAUGACAAUGCUGAAAGAAAGAGUUCACUGAUUGUGCCUAGGAUUCCUUUAGCCUUAAUACCUCUCCCAGAGGAAGAAAGAGGAGAUGUGCUUCUAAGUCGCACUGGUGAAGCUAUUGGAAGAAAGAAUGAUUUUAAGAUGAACACAUGCAUUGUCCAUGGUCCAACUGGCACCCUGCUUUUAGACUGGACACACCUUUCACUAAUAGAUGACUCCUUCAGAGGACUGAAGCCUGCAACUCCAUCAGUCAUGUCAGGUCUUGAACCUAGAACUCAUGAACAGUCUGCCAACCAUGGCCUGGAUGUGGCUGAAAGUUAUGAGGCUUUAGAACUUCCCGACCCUGAUGAUAAUUUUGAUCCACCUGAACUGAUGGAUGAUGAUGCACUUGACAACUGUCACAAUGCUCCAAAAAAUUGCCAUGAAUUUGUUACAGAGGAGACCGAGGAUGAUCAGGAAGAAAGAAGAGCAUUGAGAGCAAGACCUGAAACAAAACAAGUUGUACAAGCACAGCCUUUCAAAGAUCCCUGGAAAAUGUUGGAUCCUCAUGAUCCGGGUACUGCACAAGAAAAACCAUUUAAGAAAGGUAAACCCUUCAAGAAGCCUUCCUCUUUGGUAUCACAUCAGAAGAAAAAGAAAAGAAAGCGUAAAGAAGAAAACAAAGAACCUACACUUGUUCCUAUCAAUCAAUUUAUAUCCCAAGCUUUUUACUCACAUGCAUCAAAGAUGUCCAAAAAUAGUCUCAAAAUUCCAUCAUUUCCAGAGUUUGAAUACUUGUAUUGGGCAGAAUACAGAGAGAAACAAAAACUCCAUGCCAAACUGAGGAAGGUUUUGUCUCAGGUUGCAAGCAAGGAGGAAAUUGAGGAAUUAAACUCAAUUGUAGAAAAUAAAGAAGAGAAUGCAGAUGGGCAAGUAUAUGAUGAUGACAAUGGAGUUGGAUGUAAUGAUCCAGCUGAUUUUGAUGAUGAUGGUGAUGAUUUUGGAGGGGUAGAUGAAGGUUUGGACCUUGACAGUGCUGAAGUUCUGGAGCCAAUGGCACUGGAGGAACCUGCAGAUGGUGUAGUUAUUUCAAGCUAUGAAGAAAUGGUUAGAAAAUAUGUGGACAGUUACCUUUUGGAGGCACGUCAACAGUAUGCCCAAGAAACAGAGUUGAGUAGAAGAGUCAGAGAAUGGGAAGAGAGAAUUGUCCCUGUAUUAACAGAAGAGGAAACACAUCGGCCAUUUGAUAUUCACAAGUAUGGAGAAGAAAUUAUUGAUUCAUUUAAAGGCAAUAGUAAUCAAGAUUUUAGACAGCUAACCCAUGAAAAGGAACCAUUUGAAAUAUGUAGGUUUUUUCUAGCAACAUUGCAGCUGGCAAACAACUAUAAUGUAGAGAUCACAGCUGAUGGAGUUGGAGAAAAAGCAGUUGACACCAUGAGACUAAAACUUCUAAAAAGAACACCUGGAAAUGUGGCCAUAGCAACUUUUGGGGGACAUGCAGCUAAAUGAUACACAUAGUUUUAAAUUAUUUCUUACUUUGUAACAACAGUUGAAGUUUAGAGGUGAUUAUAAAGUACCUGCAUGGCUGUGAAAUGCUGUUAUCACCAAUGACCAUGAAAACUUGUGUUGCAGAUCUGUCUUUUUUUGGAGUUUAUGAUUUUAAACAUAUUUAAUACUGGUAAAUUAGAAAUUCAUAUGCAAAACUGUUGUUUUUAAAACUACCGCUUUACUUGUUAAUUUUAAUUUGUUUUAGAAGUUUUUAAUGUUACAUGAAAAAAGUUCAAUUACCUCAAUCAUCUGUGCAUGAUAAUACCUUGUGAACAAAGAGAGACAAGGAGACUUAAAACUGGCAUCAAAAGGCCUUAUCUUUGUGUUAUCUUGACUAUGAGCUGCCCCUCUUUUUCAGCAAAGUCCAUUGUGAAAGUGAAACAAAUCAGUGGAAAAUAAUUGAUUUUAGCAAGCAGCAUGGAUGUGCAUGAAAAGUAGGCCCAUCCCUACUUCUUGAGUAUCUCACUCCCAGAGUUCUGUGUUAACAUCAAUUUUCUCUUGCUUAUUUUUUCACUCACACAAGAGACCUGGCCUAAAAAAAAAGGAGGGGGAGGGCUGCUCAUAGUUGAUUUUGAGAAGAAAUUUAAAACUGUCAGUCAUCCUUUCAUAUUUCAUAAUGUAUAUACAUGUCUAUUGUCUCAGAAUUUGAUG